GACCUUCUCGGGCACUAUACUACAGUACGCCUGCGCAUGCUACUUUGAGCAAAUAGCUAUCUGUAGAAAUUAAAAUUAAAACUAAAUUACCAUGUCAGAGAAAGCAGGAGACGUUGAUUUAACCGGUGCGAAACUAAACACGGGGGUCUGGCUUGUAAAGGUGCCCAAGUACCUCUCUCAUCAAUGGGCGAAAGCCACAGGAAGAGGCGAAGUUGGGAAACUCAGAAUCUCAAAGAAAGGGAACCAAGGUAAACCAGAGGUGUCUUUUACAUUAAAUGAAGAGUUGACUGCGAUUGAGGGUAUCGAAGACAAGACAGUGUCUGCUCCUCGGGAACACCCGUUGACAAUGCAGACAGUGGGAGGUCAGACAUUGGCCGUGUUCACAGAGACGUCAUCGGGCCAGUCAGAAGAGAGAUCUGAUGGUGGCAGCUCAGUUUCGGGGGCAGGGGCUGGUCCAGAUAAAAUUGCUUUGGAGGGAGUUGUGGUGCAGAGAGCAGAUUGCAGGCCAGCUGUAAGUGAAAACUACAUGAAGCUUAAGAGGUUACAAAUUGAAGAGUCCACCAAGCCGAUCCGGCUGUCGCAGCAGUUGGCUAAAGCAGUCACCAACAACUACAAACCUGUGGCGAACCACGCCUACAACAUGGAGUAUGAGAGGAAAAAGAAGGAGGAGGGCAAGAGAGCGAGAGCGGACAAGCAGCAGGUGUUGGACAUGUUAUUUUCUGCUUUUGAGAAGCACCAGUACUACAACAUCAAAGACCUGGUGGACAUUACCAAACAGCCAGUGAUUUAUCUGAAGGAAAUACUGCGUGACAUCGGCAUCUACAAUGUGAAGGGGACACAUAAGAACACUUGGGAGCUCAAGCCCGAGUAUCGACAUUAUCAAGGCGAGGAAAAAGUAGACGAAUAGGACGAGUGAACCUUUGGCUGGAUGGGGAUCACCCGGUGUACCGCGGAACCUGUUUGCAAACACGUGAGGUUUGUGUGGGUCAGCCCAUGUAAACGUUUGUGAAUUCUGUUUCAUGUUGGAAAAAAAAAGGUUUUAAUAGCAUGUUUACAAAGGCAUGGUGACAUUGUGACUUCUUCCUAGUUUUAGACCUUAUAGCUUAGCAUUUCACGCAUUUCCAACCAUUGUUUUGUUGUUUUAAUCGAAUCAUAAAAGCCUCUGCAACAAAUA